AGUGAGAGGAGAGGAUUCUGAGCAGCGAUGACUGAAGUAGCGCCAGUUGCGCCGGUGGCGGAAGCUGUUGCCGCGAAACCCCCGGCUAAGAAGGCGGCAGCCAAGGCGCGCAAGCCGUCGGGCCCGAGCGUGACGGAGCUGCUGACCCAGCGAGCGGUGGCUGCCUCUAAGGAGCGCAAGGGCAUCUCGCUGGCUGCCCUGAAGAAAGCCUUAGCCGCCGGAGGCUACGACGUGGAGAAGAACAACAGCCGCAUCAAGCUGGGCCUCAAGAGCCUGGUGGGCAAGGGCACCCUGGUGCAGACCAAGGGCACCGGCGCCUCGGGCUCCUUCCGCCUCAACAAGAAGCAGGCCGAGGGCGGCAAGGACAAGGCGGCAGGAGCGGGGGCGGCCAAGAAGAAGAAGCCCGCGGGGCCCGUUGCGGCCAAAGGCAAGAAGCCCGCCGCCAAGAAGCCGGCUUCGGCCGCCGCCAAGAAAGCCAAGAAGCCCGCCGCCGGAGGGGCCAAGAAGGGCGCCAAGGCGGCCAAGAAGCCCGCCGCCGGAGGGGCCAAGAAGGCGGCCAAGAGUCCCCAAAAGUCUAAAGUGACCAAGCCCAAGAAGACCACCCGGAGCCCCGCCAAAGCCUUGAAGCCGAAAGUGAAAGCCAAGCCUAAGGUCUCUAAGGUUAAAGUCGCCCCGAAGAAAAAGUGAAGCCCCCACCCCCAAAGGGCGCGCAACUUUUCCCCAUCACCCCAAACGGCUCUUUUAAGAGCCACCCAAGCAUUCCCGGGAAGAGCUGCUGUCAUUCCCUUGGGACAUGGUCUGGGUUGGUGCGGCUUCAGAGGCCGAGCCUGACUAGCCCCCCGCCCCGUCUUCUCUGCCUUAGACUUAAAAACUAAAGGCUGGUUUCGUCCCUCGGGUCAGGGGUUUCUAAGUAGAUUCGGAGUGGUGCCAACAGAUCGGGGUUUGUACGAAGGAAAAAAGCUGAAGCUGGAAAAUAAGGGGUCCAUAUUUUUUUCCGUUGGUUACCGUUUCAUGUCUGCAGCAUCAUUAGCUGUUUCUGCCUUAGCAGCUUUUACCGCAUUGCUGUUUAUUCGCGCCACGUUAUCUUGGCGUGGGUUGGAAAUGUUUAUUUUUCUUGCUCGAUUUGUCUGGUUUUAAUGUGUCAACCGCGGAGAAAAGGUGAAAACAAUUUCCUCAUAUUACGGUGCAAGUGGCUGUGAGCCUGAAGGGCUUUGGAGGGUUGUCGUAGAGGGGGGUAUCUUCUGUAUCAAUGUAUUGUGCAUCAGUAACGGAUACAAUACAUUGCAAUGGAAAGGAAGGGAACAAGUGUGGAGAGGUGAAAGCUUGUGCUUUGUUCAGAUCCUAUUGAUUUCCUUGCACUUUAAAAGUAGAGCAUUAUGCUCCCUUUUCUCAACUAUUUGCUCGACGAGGAUGGGAUUCGAACCCACGCGUGCAGAGCACAAUGGAUUAGCAGUCCAUCGCCUUAACCACUCGGCCACCUCGUCUCCUAUUAGGGAGCGAAUAAAUUUCGUCUGCUGGACUACUUUUAUUUAAGGAAUAUUUGCAACGUGAGAUAGUAUUUUAACAACUUGACGACACAGGUUAUUAUGAUGAUCAUCAUCAUCGCCACCGCCGCCUCCAUCAGCACCACAAACCAUAAGAUCCAUAAGUCUAGUCCCUGCCAAAUAAAUGAAAAUGACGGAA